ACGAUACCGAAGAAGAGGGAGGCUGGUCAACGUCCUCCCAGCCCGGCCGCUCAAGCCUAUCGAUUACUCACGGCAACCAGCCCUUCCAGCGUUCUUCAUCCAACAAGGAAAGCGAUGUAGGCCACCCCCUAAUUGGGAGGACCGGCUGGGACGGCGAUGGUCUUGACGUCCAUUUGAGACAUACCGCUUCGGGGAUCGUGCUCACAUGGACCAGCCGAUGGAAGUCAUGACGGUCGCACAUGCAAUCCAACGCUCACUAUCAGAAACGCUGACCUGAUCCGGUUCGACAGCCAGCCGGACUGCCUUUGGUUGUGCUCGUUUAUAUGGGAUGAGGGUCCUCGCUGAGCUUGGCAUCGAACCUUCGGCCGAUCAGUAUCGCUGAGGCCUCUGAUCCGUGCGAGUUCUGUUACACCUCUUCACCCUUCGCUUGACAUGUUCAUGACAGACUCGACACCGGCUUCAGGCCCUACGAAGCGCUCCUCGGCACCUCUAUCGCGCACCCUCUCGCCGAGUUUCAAGGACACUGUGAAGAAGAUCACCUCGUUCCCCGACAACUCUCCUCGGAAGCGCUCCCUGAAGCGAUCUCAGCAAAGUACGCCUACCGUCGCAGUUGUCAAGCAUGCGUCAUCAGGUCUAUUCAGCUCAGCUUGGGAAUCGAGAAAGUUGCCAGAGAUUUUCGGUCGAUUUUCUUCGGCGCCGCGACGACGCAUCGUAUCGACUGAGCCGCUUCCUCUACAGCUACCUUCACGACAAGAUCAUACGCGCCAGCGUAGGUCACAGAGACCAGCAGCUCAUCGAGCUUUAUACAUCCCGGAGAUUAUGUCGGCCAUCUUCGAACACAUCGAUGGAUCUACGCCUAUGAAGAGUAACGCAUCCCAGCGGAAGAGACGGCACAGUCAGAUGAGCAAGGAGAGCGGGCGCGACAAUGAAGAGAUCGACGAGACGUCGGGGACUUUGCACAACUGUAUGAGGGUUUGCAAGGCGUGGUAUCCGCUGGCAAGAGAUGUCGCCGAAAAGCGCGUGUCGAUGUCCUACGCCGAAGAUCAAAGGAUGUCAUCAUGGGUCAGUGGUCCGGCGAAGGCGGGGAGGGCCAGAGAGCUAGUCCUGCACCAAUGCAACAUUAAGCAAGGAAUAUUGGCCGACAUCCCAGAACAGCCUUUCCUACGGUCACUGGAGAUGUAUUGCUGCACGAGCGCGAUACCGCCGAAAUCGCUCUUGCAGAGCAACCUUCGGUCACUAUCACUCCCCGGUUGUAGCCUGGUCAGUGACCAGUUACUAGAAUAUAUCACGCAGCAAUGUCGGGGUUUGGUACACCUCGAUUUACGGGCGUGUGAUCUGAUCAGCGACCGUGGGUUGAAAGCCGUCGCGCAUUAUUGCAGAGACCUUCGGUAUUUGAAUGUAGGAAGGGUGAACAAGUGUGAGAACAUCACCUCUUCGGGAGUUUCAGCCAUUGCACGGAGGUGUGUUGCCUUAGAGACAAUCGGCUUGGCGGGAACUGCUGUUUGCGACUAUGGUUUGAUUGCUCUCGCAAGGGGUCCUUCUGCUCAAACCCUUCAUCGUCUGAGUGUAAACGAAUGCGCUUACCUCACAGACCACUGCGUUAGCAUCCUCCCAGACUUACCAUCCUUGAUCCUCUUCGAAAUCCGCGGCUGUUACAUACAAAAGGCAUCGGAGUUGGUCCGCUGGCGAAGCGGCAUCAGUGGCAUGGGACGGAGUAAACGGUGGGUGGAGGCUGGCGAAACAUUGAACCAUGCCAUGCAUAGGUUUGAGCAUUAUGCAAAGUAUUGGAUGGAGAUGGCGCAGCAAGUGAAGGCUUUGUCGGCACCGCAGGCGGUUGUUCCGCAACGGAGGAAACGCCGGCAAAGUUUGAGGGGUGGCAGUUUCGAUGGGAGGUUGAGGUGAUCAUCAUUAUUAAGGGCGUUGAACGGACAUUGGCGUUUUCAGAAUACUGGACAUUGGGACAUUUGUACGGAGACAGGCCGGAAGAAGGC